AUGGCAAAAUCACAGUUCGCAUCUUUUUGGCACCGCCUAAUCGGGGCUGUUGGUUUUAAGAGAUCAUACAACUUCAUCCUCUUCUUCAUUUUUGCCGGUGGGCUAUUUGAAUUUACAUUGUCCCGUCUUCAGUACCUAGACAUUAACAAGUUCAGAGAAGGCAUUAUCCCCGGUGAAUGGUACUAUUACCGACAAAACCUCUAUAAGGUCGGCAUCAUGUUACAUCUGGGAGCAAUUCUACCUUGUAUGCUCCUUGUGAUUCUGCAGUUCGUCCCGAUAAUUCGAUACAAGGCUCCUUUAUUCCAUCGACUGAACGGAUACGUUAUCAUGCUUCUUUUCCUGGUUUCAAGCGCGGGUGUGAUAAUAAUCACCCCCCACGCCUUCGAUGGUAGCCCGACCUCGCGGUUCAAUAACGGGGUACUUGUUCUCGCCUCCGCAACCUCCAUCAUAGUUGCCUACAUCAAUAUUCGCCGGAAGCAAAUCGAACAACACCGAGCCUGGAUGUUACGAGCCAUGUUCUAUAUGGGAAGCAUAGUAACCAUGCGGCCUCUCAUUCAAAUAUCUUUGCCCAUUUUCCGCUCCCUCGCGAACGAAUUUUACGUCACUUGGCCCUGCGACCAGAUUGAUUUCACCUGGAAGCUCUACAAUAUUUCAACACCCUAUACCAGCGCAUACCCAAUGUGCAAUACCACCAUUUCUCCGGGACUGGGUAAUGCUGGACUUUACGCCCCUGUCAGAGCUGAUCUAGGCGCUUCUGAUCCAGCCGCCAUUGGGGCAAGCAUACAACUCCAGUCCGUCCUCGCAGGCUCGGUGGCAACGUUCUUACAUUUCGUGGGCAUUGAAUUGUAUCUGCGUCUUACACCCCGCGAGCAUGAAAGGUUGAGGAACGUGAGUUACGAGCGCCAGCUUGCAGCGAAAUAUAAAAACCCAGGCAAUGCAGGAUUGGUUGCCCAGAAGCUUGGUGAUGCAGACCCGUGGAUCCCAUCUCCCGAAAGGGCUCGAGAGGAAAUAGAUGCGAAAGAUGGUGCUUCCAGCACUUGA